AUGUCACGUCAAGAGCGUUUCACCAGAAAACAGGUUCUCGAACAGCUGUUCUCCUCGAGACAAUCCUCUGAACAGGCAGAGGACCAAGACGAAGAAGACAAAGAAGAAGACGAGGCAGAAGACGAAGAAGACACCGACGACUGCGUCGACGAGGACUACGACCCGGACCGCUCCGCCUCCGCCUCCUCAUCUACGUCCUCCGCUACGCCCGUCGGGGUCCCUUACCCGGGUCCCACGACACACGCGACUUCCGGCGUCAGCGACGCGGUCUCGACGUUCGGCCUGUUCGUCACGCCGACGGUAGAGAACAUCGUCCUGGAGAUGACUAAUCUGGAGGGUCGUCGGAAAUACGGCGACGGCUGGAAAGGGAUGGACGCGACCGACCUGCGCGCCUACGUGGGGCUGCUGAUCUUGGCGGGCGUGUACAGGUCCCGGGGCGAGGCCACUGCCAGCCUGUGGGACGCCGAGAGCGGCCGCGCGAUAUUCCGCGCCACGAUGUCCCUGAAGGUCUUUCACACGUACUCCCGACUGCUGCGAUUCGACGACCGCGAGACGAGACGUGAGAGACGCGCCCCCAACAAAUUGGCGGCCGUGCGAGAGGUCUGGGACGCUUGGGCGGCGAGGCUGCCGCUCCUCUACAACCCGGGGCCCGAAGUGACCGUGGACGAGCAACUGGUUCCAUUCAGAGGCCGGUGUCCUUUCCGACAGUACAUGCCCAGCAAGCCGGCGAAAUACGGGAUCAAGUCGUGGGUGGCGUGCGACGCCAGAUCCAGCUACGCUUGGAAGAUGCAAGUCUACACCGGAAAGCCGAGCGGCGGGCAUCCGGAGAGGAACCUGGGGCUGCGGGUCGUGCUCGACCUCACGGAGGGACUGAGCGGGCGCAACGUCACGUGCAACAAUUACUUCACCUCCUACGAACUCGCGCGGCGGCUCCUGGAGAGGAACGUCACCGUGGUCGGCACGGUUCGGAAGAACAAGCCCGAGCUCCCGCCCCGGCUGCUCGCGGUCAAGGGACGACCGGCGUUCUCCUCCGUGUUCGCCUUCACGCCCGCCGCCACUCUGGUGUCGUACGUCGCGAGGAAGAAAAACAGGAACGUGGUGCUCCUGAGCACGCGGCACUCGGAGGCCGACGUCAGCGACCGCGCGGACGGCAAACCGGUCGUCGUCCUGGACUACAACCGCAACAAAGGAGGCGUGGACAACCUGGACAAGGUGAUCGGAACGUACAGCUGCAGGAGGAAGACCGCGCGCUGGCCCCUGGUCGUCUUCCACAACAUCCUCGACGUGUCUUCCUACAACGCCUUUGUGAUAUGGCGAGAGGUCAACCCCGACUGGAUGGCAGGCAAGCGGAACAAGCGCAGGGUGUUCCUCGAGCGGCUGGGAAAGGCUCUCGUGGCGCCUUACAUCGUGCGGCGGAAACGCGUUCCCCGCACCGCGGCGUCAGUCGCGGUCGUGAAGGCUGUGAAAGCGGCUGCGGUCGCGGCCGCGGCCCCCGUCGCCGAGCCGAGAGACGAUGACAGCGAUCGAGACGACGCUCGGCCCGAGCGUCCGGCCGCCCCUCCGGCCCUAACCCCGCAGCAACAGCAACAGCAACAGCAACAGCAACAGCAACAACCCCAGGGUCCGGCCUCCUGUCUAGCCCUGGUCGUCGCGGCCGCCGCCGCCGCCACCGCUGCCGCAGCCUCCGUGGCAGCCCCGCUCGCCGCGAGCAAGAGGAAGAGCAAGAACAGGCUCGAGUACACGACACUGACAGCCGGUUCGGUCCAGUGUCGCGAGUCUCAGGGUCAGAGGGACGCCGAUGGGAGAGACGGCCCUAGACGCAAGCAGCCGUGCAAGCUCCUCGUUGCGAGCUUUCGGGUUUCAGAGACCCAGGACCCGAAGAGACUCCCCAACGCGGCCAUCCCGGGGGUCCUAGGUCACACCGCUGCGGCUGAGUACACGACGCGGGGAGCCGGACAGGCACGGCUUCUCAAGUCUCAGGGUCACAGGGACGCUGAUGGGAGAGACAUCGCUGUGACCCUGAGACUCGUGGAGCCGAGCCUGUUGUAUGGUCGGUGUAAUCUCAGCACCCCAGGCUCCAAGUUGCGUGCCGGUGUGACCUAG